ACAUUCAUGUCGUUGAUUCCGUUUACUGUGCUCUCACAUCCCUCCAGUCAGUGCUUUUAUUUUGAAAUGUCCCACCGGAUCACCUGUGUGAUGCUGAACUUGGUUGGACUCUGAAACUUCUCCAUCAGGACCGCAGGAAGGGUGGACCGUCUCUCAGACUGCUUCAUGGACAUUUCUGUCUCCUGCUUUAGUCCCAGCAGAUGUCUGAAGGAGACCAGCAGCUCCGCGGAACCAUGAAGCUUCUCUGCUGUUUGUUUCUGCUGUUUCUGCGCAGCGCGGAGCUCCGGCACGUCCUCCCGGAUCCGGACUUUCAGGCGGAGGAUGCUGCAGGUUUGGCUGCGGGGACAGAAGCGUCUCCUCAGGCGGACCGGACCGGUCUGAACCGAACUGAAACUUUGGGUCUGAAGCGAGUCACUCGAGGCGCCAAAGAUGGGAGUAUCAGAAAAAGAGACCCGGUUUCCCAGAACAGUCCUCCCCGACGACACGACGACCCGAGCGGCUUCUUCACCACGCCGCGGGCUCACCGCCACACCUCCGCCCCGCAGGCCAACUCCUCUGCGGGGCUCCUGAACCCGCUGGUCCCGGUCACGGACGCCUCCUACUGGGCCUACGCGGUGCUGCUGCUCGCGCUCGUGCUGUUCGCGGCGGGUCUCGUGGGGAACCUCGCGCUCAUGUGCAUCGUGUGGCACAGCUUCUACCUGAAGAGCGCGUGGAACUGCAUCCUGGCGGGUCUGGCCUUCUGGGACUUCCUCGUGCUCUUCUUCUGCCUGCCCGUGGUCAUCUUCCACGAGCUCACCUUGAAGAGGUUGCUAGGAGACCUGUCCUGCCGACUCGUGCCGUACCUGGAGGUGACCUCUCUGGGCGUGGCCACGUUCAGCCUCUGUGCUCUGAGCAUCGACCGUUUCCACAUCGCCACCUCGCCCGGCCCACAUCAGACUCCAAAGGUGGAGCCGUGCCGCUCCAUCCUGUCCAAGGUGUGUGUGAUCUGGGUGGGCUCCAUGGUUCUGGGGGCUCCUGAGCUGCUGCUGUGGCAGCUCGUCCAGGAGCCCGUCGGCCUGCCGGCACUGACCUCUGACCUGCAGCAGCGCCAACCUGCGGCCUCACUCAUGGCCUCCUUAAGAGCUCGAACUGACAGGUUUAAGGUGGACAUUUGUGUCCGUGAGCCAUCAGCGGAGCUGCCAGAGAGCAUCUAUGCUCUGGUUCUGACCUACCACGAGGCCCGGAUGUGGUGGAUCUUCGGCUGCUACCUCUGCCUGCCGCUGCUGUUCACUCUGGCCUGCGAUCUGGUGACGAGGCGGGUGUUGGCUCAGCAUGAACUGCAGAAACCAAUCAGUGAGAAGGUGACCAGCAGAUGCUCCUCCUCCUCUUCAUCCUCCUCCUCCUCAGUGAAGAAGAAGCAGGAUGUGAGGGAGCAGAGACUGCGGACCGCCGUGAUGGCGCUGACUGUCCUGUACGUCACCUGUAACCUGCCUCAGAGUGUAUGUAACAUCACCCUGGCUUAUGUAUCAGCUCCGGUUCUGGUUCCGCCUACGGUGGCUCUGGUUGAACAGUUCCUGCUGUUCAUUUGCUGCUCAGCGACACCGGUCCUGCUGCUGUGCCUCUGCCGCUCUCUGGGCCAGGCCUUCAUGGACUGCUGCUGCUGCUGCUGUGAAGAGUGCCUCCCUGACACCAACUCCUCUUCAUCAUCUUCUGCUUCAACCGCCCCCACCUCCACCCUCUCCUCACCCACCUCACCCUCACCUUCCUCCCUGUCCCCCUCUGACAAAGACGAGGCGAUGAAGAGUGUGUUGGCUGCGGAACCUGCGUGCUGUGAGGCAGUGAAAGCCUCUGCAGCAGCCAUCGGGACACCCUGCUGAGCCCAGGACUCAUAGCGGUUGUUUAAAGGGAUAGUUUGUGUUUUCUACAUCGGGGUUGUGUGGGGUGGUUAUAAACGAUCAGCGUCUUACAUCCAGUCCAGAGAAUUCAUUCAGCAGACUAAAGUAACCAUGUGCAAACGAACCCUUCUGCCAUUUGGCCGUUACCUUGACUCAUGUUUCCUGAUUCUCCAAACUGGGAUUGCUCUGCUGAGCAACUGCUGCAGGGAAGAUACUGACUACUUGGAACUGCACCACACAACCCUAUUUUGUUGAAACAAUUACAUUCUUUGACUUUAUCAAUGCUUGGAUUUUAUUUUUGUUAAAUGGUUAAAAAUCUAUGAACAGCUGAGUUACUGAAACAGUUCAGAGACCACAGAGUUUAUCUGUAUUUAUCCUGAACCUUCAAGCCCAGAAACCUUCAACAUUUGUCUCAGCCCUGGCAGGUUGACCUCCACAUUUCCUCUUUAGUUCAUUAUUAUAGCCUCCAGAUGCACAGCAGGAAUAUUCCUUAUUUCCAACUGUUAAUCCUGCAGCUUCAGUCAGGUGAGGAGACAGGUCAUCUCCCUCAGAAAGCUGCAGGAUGACAUAAAAACAGUCAGAUCCAACCCAUAAAGCAUUGCUGUUAGUCAGUUUCAGGGCAGUUACACUUGCAAUCAGAAGUAAAAUCAAUUCUGGGAGGAGAAGUGUAAUCUUUAAGUUCUUUUGUUAUUAGACACAUUAUUUUUUUCUCCUUAAGGACGUACCUGACAUGUUUCGAUGGAGAUUUCCGUCUUCAUCAGAGUAGAUGAACCGGUCAGCUGUUCUUCCCUGAGGCGGCCACGGGGCUGCAGACCGGUUGCUCCGAGGUGGCCACGGGGCUGCAGACCGGUUGCUCCGAGGUGACCACGGGGCUGCAGACCGGUUGCUCCGAGGUGACCACGGGGCUGCAGACCGGUUGCUCUGAGGUGACCACGGGGCUGCAGACCGGUUGCUCCGAGGUGGCCACGGGGCUGCAGACCGGUUGCUCCGAGGCGGCCUCAGGGCUACCGACCGGUUGCUCCGAGGUGGCCACGGGGCUGCAGACCGGUUGCUCCGAGGUGGCCACGGGGCUGCAGACCGGUUGCUCUGAGGUGGCCACGGGGCUGCAGACCGGUUGCCCCGAGGCGGCUUCAGGGCUACCGACCGGUUGCUCCGAGGUGGCCACGGGGCUGCAGACCAGUUGCUCCGAAGCAGCCACGGGGCUGCAGACCGGUUGCUCUGAGGUGGCCACGGGGCUGCAGACCGGUUGCCCCGAGGCGGCUUCAGGGCUACCGACCGGUUGCUCCGAGGUGGCCACGGGGCUGCAGACCAGUUGCUCUGAGGUGGCCACGGGGCUGCAGACCGGUUGCUCCGAGGCGGCCACGAGGCAGCAGACCGGCUGCUCCGAAGCAGCCACGGGGCUACCGACCGGUUGCUUUGAGGCGGCCUCAGGGAACAACCGGUGACACGUCUCAUACCAACUAGUGACACCUCUGAUGAAGACGUGUCAGGUACGUCCUUAGGGAAAAACCCUGUGUGUCUAAUAACAAACGAACCUAAUGACUAUUGUAAACAGACACAAUGAACUUUAUUGGAAUAAAAGUGUAAUAAUAUCAGAUUUUCAAAGAGGAGUCAGACCUCCCGUCAGGAUGAUUUAUGGCGAUGCUACAUAAAACCAGCUUUUAAAGCCACAGAAACAGGAUCCUGACCCACCACAUCAGCAGCCUGACCUGUAUAGUCUGGUUCUGUUGCUCAGUCCUGGGCGUUGUGGUGGUUUCUCAGUAAUCUGAUGUUCUGCUGGACUGACUGGGUUCCAGUGUUGUUUGUCUCUGGUUUCCUGUUGUGCUGUUUAAAGUUAGCAGAACAUAUGAGCUGCAGAGAAGUUUAAACUGACUGAUGGUUCAACCAAUCAGAAACACCUGAAGGUCCAGAGUCAUCCUGAAAGUCCCGCCUCCCUUCCAGAGAUGUUUUCUGGAUCAAGUUAUUACCUCAGAAUUUCUUACGUCUUUACCAACACGGGCCGAGAAAGAACUCCAGAACGGUGCCAGAACCUUCGGUGCUGCCUCAAAGUGUUCUAAAAGCCUUUCAGAGACUGUUGGUUCUGGCAGGUAAGACCAGAAGUUCUGAGAUGAAGGAAAAGUUGAAAACAUGACUUCUUGUGUCAUAUGAUUCUGUAUUUAUUAUUUUUUCCUCCUUCUUUGAUCCAAAUGAAUCAAAGGUUCUAAAAUCUGUUCUCUGAUUUCGUUUGUUCUGACCUAAAACAAAAUAAAACUCAAGAAUUGAUUUGGUUUUAAUGUUCCUUCAGGAGAUUCUGUAGAGCAGAUGUUUAUUUGACUUUUGUUAGAAAAUUAGAGAUUUUAGAUGAAUGUCUUUUUAAAAGAUUGUAGAUCAAAUAAUUGUUGUUUUUAUUGCAUUCUUUCAGUUUUCGGUUAUUCCUAAUAUUUGUGUCCUGUUCUCAGUACUGUAUGAAACUAACUGGAGCUAAAUUCAGUUAUUCUGAAUUAUGACUCAUUUUGUUUAUUUUACAGCAACUUUUUUCUGAUUUUUGUACACUUUGUUGCUUCUGUUUCAAUAAAAUGUGAUUUUUUUCCGUA